GGAGCGUACUCGUCUUGAAUUGCCUUCCACCCACCACUUGCUCUUAUUAGCUGAGUGGUUGAGGAUGCCUGAGCGAGUAGAGAUAACAGGAGCUGACUUCGCUUGCUGCUCGCUCGAUAAUUGAAGAAGCCCAGGACCAAGCUUGAGGUUGACGUGCUGGGCUGGGACGUGCUCACCAGGCAAGACGACGGACAUGGAAGCUGGAAAAGGAAAAAAAUGCUCAACAAUACACUGCCUCCCGAACUCUCAAGUCUUCAGCUCAGCUUUAGAUGUCCACUUGAUCCUGUAGCGUGCGUCAUUUAUGGCUGCGACACCUUUGAUGAAUGAAUUUCCCGAGCUAGCCCACCUUACACGCGAAGAUCUUGAAGACCUCCUGAAUGACCCAGCUUACUUUCAGAGCAUAUUCCAUUCCUUGCCUCAGGUCAAGGAAUUAUAUCAAGCCCAGGCAGAGCUAGGCAUGGCGAAUGAAGCUAUCGCUCGAGAAAACCUAUCACUACAGGACAGACUGUAUCAGUUGCGGACAGAAACCCAAGAAGCCUUUGACGAAGCCAAGUCUUCGGAGUCCCGCUGGAAGGAUCUCGAACGCGAACAACGAGAGGUCUAUCAACGGUUCAACCCUCAGUUUCUUUUACUUCGUCUUCGUCAUGCGACUACUGCCCAAGAUGAUGCCUCAGAGGCUCUCGCCUCAUCAUUCGUGCAAUCCUCUCCUUCGCCCUCCACUGGUAACGAUGCCUCAGACGUAGAUGAGUUCGUCAGGGAAUUUAGAGAGCUGAGGAAAGUCUACCACAAACGAUUGAUGUGGGGCGAUAGGUGGGCUUCUGGACAGGUGUCUUGGGAGGACGGUUGAUGGGUUGAAUACGUUAUUGUUGCUAUGCA